AAACAGUCUAUAAACGAGUCUUCAGCACACACUGAAAAUUUUAGAUCCUCAUAUUAUGGCCAAAAAAUCCAAUUUCAUUACUUUAAAACCCAUUGAAAGCAGUAGCCUCUAUCUCAGAAGAAUGGAGGAAAAGACAAAACAAGGUGUAGAUACCAGUGAUGUGGAUGAGCUUAAAGAGUUAAUGCUAGACAUAAAUUCCUAUGAUGUGAGAAAAGCAAAUGAAAACGAACCGCUUACAAAAAUUCCACAUUCUCUAAACUUGGUUGGUUUCCAUGAUGAUGGGACAAAUACCAAUGUUAAUAUUGUUCCUAAACUCCCUGCUAGAAAUCUUAAACAUAAUACCCUUGUUAGCGAUAUGUACAAGAACACCCAAUGUGUGAGGUGUGAUUAUGGUUUUGAACCACAUGAAAAAAUUGUGAACACCAAUGGCGAGUUGUGGCAUCCUCAGUGCUUUGUGUGUGCUCAAUGCUUUCGUGCGUUUCCUGAAGGAAUUUUUUAUGAAUUUGAGGGUCGGAAGUACUGUGAACAUGAUUUUCAGAUGCUAUUUGCUCCCUGUUGUGGUCGCUGCGGUGAGUUCAUCAUCGGGCGGGUUAUAAAAGCAAUGAAUGCUAAUUGGCAUCCCAAGUGCUUCCUUUGCGAGAUGUGUGACAAAGAACUAGCCGACCAAGGUUUCAUCCGGCAUCAGAAUAAAGCAUUAUGCCACGAUUGCAACGCUCGAGCCAAAGCAGCCAGUCUCGGAAAGCAUGUGUGCCAUAAGUGCCACUCAAUGAUCGACGAUCGUCCUCUGCGCUUCCGUGGUGAAGUUUAUCAUCCAUAUCAUUUCAACUGUUCGUCCUGCGGAAUCGAACUCAAUGCAGAUGCUCGUGAGGUCAAAAGCAGACCUGGUUUCACAGCAAACGAGAUGAACGAGUUAUACUGCCUAAGAUGUCAUGACAAAAUGGGAAUCCCGAUUUGUGGGGCUUGUCGUCGUCCAAUUGAGGAACGCGUGGUCACCGCUCUUGGAAAACAUUUUCACGUUGAACAUUUCGUGUGCGCCAAAUGCGAAAAACCGUUCUUGGGCAACCGACAUUAUGAAAAAAAAGGACUGGCUUAUUGUGAAACCCAUUAUCACCAGCUUUUCGGCAACCUUUGCUUCGUCUGUAAUCAAGUUAUUGGAGGAGAUGUUUUCACCGCACUGAAUAAGGCCUGGUGUGUCCACCAUUUUGCCUGCUCGGUUUGCGAUACUAAAAUGUCACAGAAAACAAAAUUCUACGAGUUUGACUUGAAACCAACUUGUAAAAAAUGUUUCGAUAAAUUUCCCGCGGAACUUCGAAAGCGACUAAAAAAAGCCUAUGAAGCUAAUCCGAAGAAAAAUUCUGCUGCCAAUUAAAAGGAAAUCGGUAACAAAUCGGCAUAACUGCUUCAGUUUUAGUGUUUCCAUGUUAAUAUCUUUACUCUUUGUAAAUUUAUAACUAUGGAUUUGCUGAUUAUUUUAUAAUUUCCUUCUUUUACAAGGUGCCUUGCUUUUAUCAUAUCCAUUUUAAGAUGGUAAAAUUUUCAAAUUACAAGUUCAGCGAUUUAAAUGGCCAUUUAGUAUUAGCGCUUCUUACAUUAUUUUGUUUAAUUUCUACUAGAUUCUUCGUGAUUCUGUUUCAUGUUUUUUUACCGCUUACUUUUCUAAGCUACAGUCACAUUCUUAAAAAAUUUUCAGAUUAAAACCACGUAAGAACAAACACUGUACAACUCCGUAUGUCUUCUGAAAAACUAUUUUAUUUUUAUUAUUAUUCGUCACUUAUAAUAAACUAAUCUUUACUGAA